CUCCCACCGUCUCUCACCGGAGAGUGGAGCAUCGCGAUGCUAUGUGAUUGUUGACACUUGGUCUCAAAUGUCAAUGUAAAUCCGGUUGAUGCUGUCGUUUCUCGGGGGUUUAUCACGACGCUUCGAUUCACCAGAUCGUCGCUCGGUAACCACCAGCGAUUCAGCGUGCACUCCUGUCCGGCUACCAUGAGCUCGUCGAUAUCAAUGAGCAGUGCUGGACCACCGUCCACUGCCACUGGCAUGGAAACGGUGGUGGCGGUUGCUCUGGGAGCACUCGCUGCUGUCUUCCUUGGCGCGCUUCUGGUACUCCUAGUCAUCUGUCGCAGGCAACGUUGCUACUAUAACCAGAAGGAUUCGGCAGAGCUGAGUUCUGAUCUGCUCGAGGGAGAGAACAUCACUGGCUUAGGAUUGGACGUAUGGGAGAGUGAAGAGUGGCUGGCAGGUGCUGAAAGAUGGGUGGAUGAUGCUACUGGCCUAGCUCCACCUUGCAUCGCUGUGCUCCGGUCUUGCCACUCUCUCGCAGCCAGUCUCACCACCAUUGCUGGAACUGUCAACAGCAAUACUGUUCCGUUAGAAAUAGUAGACGUUGCUCGACGCAUACCGCCUCGCGUGGACGACGUUGUCCGCAGUCUGUAUCCACCGUUGGACGCCAGGCUGUUGGAAGCCAGAGUGGCAGCUCUCGUAUUGGCUGUGACUCACUUGGCAUUGGUGACCAAGCACGGCGUGCCGAAGAAUCAAGCCAGGAAACUGGCGUUUAUCGAUCAGGCCUUGAACGACAUGGACACGCACCUAUUGGUGUUGAGAAACGCAGCGCUGGCGCAGGAAGUAGCUUGCUCCAUUCCGGCCUCCACGCCAGUCUGAGAGUACGUCGAUCAAUCUCUCUCUCU